AUGUCAAGUGCCCUUGAAACUUUACGCGGACAAGCGUACGGAGCAAAGCAAUACGAGAGGGUUGGUACCCACACAUAUGGUGCCAUAAUUUCACUCAUUUUCAUCUGUUUCCCCAUUUCCAUUUUGUGGAUUUACAUCGACAAAAUCCUAAUCCUUUUGGGGCAAGACCCUUCAAUUUCAAUCGAAGCACCUGGAGCCGCGUUAGCCAUUGGAACUUCAUAUACUUUGAAUGCGAUUCUUCUCGGGCUGUACUUGUGUUAUUCCAAAUCAUGCGAAAAGACUCAUGUAACGUGCUCAGGAGAUGUUUUUUCAAGUAUCAAGGAGUUCUUUCGCUUUGCCAUUCCAUUUGCUGUCAUGAUUUGUCUUGAAUGGUGGUCAUAUGAGAUUGUGAUUUUGUUAUCUGGGUUGUUGCCAAAUCCUCAAUUAGAGACUUCAGUGCUUUCAAUUUGCCUAACGAUUAGCACCAUACACUACUUCAUACCUUACUCAUUCGGAGCUGCUGUAAGCACACGAGUAUCCAACGAGCUAGGAGCUGGGAACCCAGAGGCUGUAAAAACCACUCUCAUGGCUGCAUCAGGUCUUGGAGCAGUGGAAGCAAUCAUCGCCAUAACCACUCUCCUAUGCUCACGUUCUAUUCUGGGUUACGCAUUUGGUACAGAGAAAGAACUAGUCGACUAUGUGAAAGACAUCACCUUUCUUCUUUGUUUCACCAUAUUUACAGACACAAUACAAGCAAUUCUUUCGGGAGUUGCUAGAGGGAGUGGUUGGCAACAUAUUGGGGCUUACAUUAAUCUUGGAUCGUAUUAUCUUGCUGGAAUCCCAAUGGCUCUAGUUUUUGGUUUUGUGUUGAAUCUAAAAGGGGAAGGAUUGUGGACUGGAUUAAUUGUUGGAUUAAUGGUGCAAUGUGUUCUUCUCACUCUUGUGACAUCUUUUACGAGUUGGGAAAAACAGGCGACAAAGGCGAGAGAACGGAUUUUGGAUGAGGCGGGUAAUGAUGAGGAAUGA